AUGUCGGCCUCGACUGAGUCGAGCACAACUAAUGUAGACUCUCACAAUGAGGAUGCGCCUCGGGUUGAAGCGUUGUUCCUCAUCAAAUUCGACAAGAAAGUUGGCUACACCAUUGCUUGGAAACGCGCAACGACACCGGACAUCACCUUAGACAACUCAGUUGAAUACAAAUCGCUGCCCUCGGGUUUACACUCGGUGCAAAAUGACCUCGUCUACUUUACCCAUGAUGGAUAUGCUGGACUCAGCGCGUUCGCAAAGGGCGACGCCAGCGCAGAGGAUCGCAACGCCACCUUCGUUUCUGUUGGAAUACUAGUACAGAAGGAGGGCAAAUUUGGCAGGCUGGGAAGGAGUUGGCUGCUUGCCGGUCGCUUGGAGAGACUGGCUGCGACCCUAGCGGACGACCCGGAAGCUGUAACGCCGUUGGAAGAAUUCUGGCAGGAACAGGUCUCAAGACACGGCAAAGGGGAUGUCUCCGACGAAGGCGAGUCCAAGGGUCACAGCAGAGCGCGCGCAAUCUCGACCGUGAGCGCCGUCAUGAAAGACGAGGAGAGCCUCCCAGGCUACCACCCAGCUCUGUCGAUACAGCGCUUCCUGGACAUAUUCGGGCCAUUGGUCUUCCGGCUGCAACAGGCGGCUUUGCUGAGGAAACGCAUUCUCUUUGUGGGCAUCCCGCCGGUCAGGACCGCUUGCGAGUUUGUCUAUAACCUCUCUGUCCUCUCUAGCAUAUCGCCCCGCGACACCGAACGGUUAGCGCCAGAAACCGAAAACCUCCUGCGUCUACCCUCCCUUUUCUCAGUCGGCGUACACGACAUUCCUCUUCUCGAACAUCAUCGCAACCCCAAAGAUGGCGGACACACACCUGGCCUUGAGCCUUCAGAGGGCUGGGUCGCGUGCACGACUGAUGAGAUCAUCGUCACAAAGACACAACUGUACGACAUCAUUGUCGAACUGCCACCCACGAAUGACGCGCCGCCGCAAGAGCGACGCUGGCCACGGAUACGGACCAGCGAUGGCAGCUUGAUCAAGGCCAGCCAGCGGGACGUUGCGCGCUACAAGCUACUACACAAAGAGCUCUUCAAACAGCGUAACAGAUCGGAAACGUCACCCGAGCCAUAUACCGACGAAGAAAACGAUGAUGCGGCGCCCCUACUAUCCCGAGAUGAGGUCGAUACCAAGCGUGCCGACGACGACUUCAGCGAAGCAUACGAUGACACGGCGGUAGAGCCAACAACAUGGUCAAGGCUUGCAUACAUGGGCUACAUGUGGUGGGCUUCGGCUGGCGAGAGAGAUGCAUACACGACCGCGGAGCGAGAGACAGAUCGUGAGCUGAUUGGUGACCUCUCGGCGUACUCGCAGUCGUUGGAGACAGCAAUCAUCGCUUACUUUCACCGCCAAUCUUCAUUACUCAUACGGUCGCUAUCGCAAAUUAUCGAGGAGGAUACCCAAGGCGAGAGGGAAGAGGAUGAUAAUGAUAGCGAUGCAGUGGUUGUUGAUAGAGAUGACCUGUCGCGCAUGGGACUAGACACAUGGUCAGAGGCUGACCGCGCUUUUGUACAGGAGUUUGGUAGUCUGUACUUUGGGCGCACUAUUGGGGUCAAGGGUAGUGAGGUCGAGUGCUGCGGUCUAAGGGUCCCUAUCUUCUAG